AUGACAAGCUUUAAUUGGGAUUAAACUUUAAAGCUGGUUCCUGAUCAAAAUAUAGCCUUGGUGUUUGAUUAAGCUGUAUAUCUUAGUUUAUAUGUUUAGCUUAAUGCAACUGAUGAGUACUUGAGGUUAUUAAAAAUAACAGAAGGUAUAAAAUAUAUAACCUAAAAUUUACCCUAAGCCAAAACAUUUGCAAAUCCAAAACUAUUGUUCUAAUGUAAAUCAAAUUUCAAUAAUACUCUAGUAAUGUGCUUAUAUCCCUUUCAAAAAUCUAAUAUAGAAUCUUUGAUAUCUGCAUGCUUUGAACAUUUUAAGGAUUUUGGUUUCAUUAAUAAUUUCUUUGCUUCCGCUUCAAAUAUUUCUCUGCUUCAAGAAACGAGUACUCAAACACUCAAGUAAAGAAUUACCAUGUUAUCACGAUUAAAUAAGUAUGCAAUAAUCAUAAUUUCAAAGCAAAACAAAGGAUAAUAAUGAGGGAUAAUAAUUCAGUUAAGCUGUGAAUCAGGAAAUAGUGACAAUAAAACUGUUUGCUAUAAGUUACCUGAAGAAGUUUUUUGAGUUGGCUAAUCAAUUGCACCUAGACUUCUAACUUUAUUGCCUAAUGUUUAAAAAUUUUAUUCAAAAUUCAUCUAAUCAAAAACUGCUUGAAAAUUUGAUGGAUUGCUUUUAAGACCUAAGAUUUACAAUAUUUUCUAAGUGCGAUUGGGUUAAUUAAUUUAGUCAAGAAAUUAUUACAUGUAAAGUUUACUUUUAUAUUUUUAGUUUUUAAUAACAGUCCAAAAUUAUUUCCAUCUUACACAAAAUAUCAAAUAGUUGUAGUUGUAGAAGAUUCUGAUUCAGAAAUUGUCAGCUAAACCUAAAUCAUAGUAAAUUAACAAUAAAAUAGAAGAAGGUCCUAUAUUUCAAAUGAAUAAGAUCCUAGUCUAUAUUUAUAGAAUUUAUGUUGUACAUAAGAUACCGAAUAACCAUUACAACAUAGUUCAGUUUUUGAAGAAAUUGAUAAUAUAGACAUUUUGAUUUAGUUUGUUUUAGAUCCAGUUCAAAUUUCAAUAGCUUCUCUUUGGGUAAACAAUAUUUCGAUCAGCAUAGGUUGAAAACUAUCCAAAUUUGCCUGAUAUAAGUGAUAAGGAUAAAAAUAUAUUCAAAUAAAGAUCAAGUUAUAACUUUAGCAAAUAUCAGGUGCUUAGAUCUUAUAAAGCCUUAUUAAUACUCACGAACUUUGAUAACUUUAACAAAUUGUUGGCUUAAUAUUCAUAAAUAUUUACUAAAAUAUGUAAAUCAAUAAUAUUAAUAAUUAGUUGCCUUUAUUCAUAUUAACCUAUUUGAUGAUACAAAAAAUAUCAAUUUACAUCACCUGGCCAUAUUAAUUAAAUUUUUAAUCAAUUUGUAACCCAAGUUUUGUAUUAAAUAACUUAUUGAAUUUAAAAUAUUCCCUAAACUUUUAGAAAUGUCAUAUAAUCCUUCAAUAAAUUAACUAUUGAUUGAGAUUAUCAAUGUUAAUGAAGACGUUAUCAAAUUAGGAAUUUAUUAUUUAGACUAGUUAUGGUCCUACUUGCAUUAGAUUAACUUUUUGUAAUUACUUUCUAAUUAUUCAUUUGAUGCACAAUUGGUUUUAGAUAUUCCCACACCUGAUUAAGCAGUAAUAUUAAUACAUAUGAAAGGCAUACAAUGAGACAUUCUAAGUUAUUAAAGCUCUAUCUAUUUAUGAUCCACAGAGAUUGUAAAAAAAGUUGUUGAGACAAGAAACAUUAGAAACUUAAGAAUAACCUACUGUUCAGUCUAGAAAUGAUUAUGAUAAUUUAGAAGUGUUUUAAAAUGAAAAGAAAGAAUAUUUAAAAAGAGGAGAAAAUGAUUUAUUAAGAAGACAAUCAUCGAUAUCAAUCAACCAAAAUAAUUGCAAAGUUCAUGUAUAUUACAAAAGAAAAUCUAAUAAAUUUUAUUUACCCAAAAUUUAAUCAAAUAUUUCUUGUUAAGAUGGGGACAAUAAGCAAAUCAACUAUAGUUAAAAUAUAGAUAACUUAUUGAGCUCUGGAAACAUUAAAACACAAACUUUUAUGAGACUAAGAAAUAAAGCCUCUUAUCAUUUAUCUAAAACAAGAAUCAAAACAGAACAAGAUACUGAUUUAUAUUCAAAUGAUGGUUUCUCAAGUAGUAAACUCAUUUCAAUAUAUCCUACAACUAAGUCAGUUAUAUUGUUAUCAGAGUUUGAAAAAGAAAAAUCAUCUUUUAAUUAUAAUGAUAUUUCUGAAAAUCAUUUAAGAACUUUAAUUCUUCUGCUUAAUUAAUUAGUAAGCUUUGCAGAAAAGCAAUAAGAAAUUUUAAAAAGAAAUCCCAAAAAUUAAAUUUUUAAUAUUGAUAAACUGACAUGCUCAAUAAUAACAGAGAAGAAUGUUUAUUACUUAUUUAAAGUAUUUUUGUACUCAAUUUUGGAAAUCCCUCAUAACCCAACUUCAUUAUCCAUUGAAUCAGGACUUUCAUUAAAUAAUCUUUACAUUUAAGUUAAAAAUAUUUAAAUCUUCGACAGCCACAAGGAGUUGUUGAAAAACCAAUUUUAAUUAAUAGUUGAUUAUUUAGUUAAAUGCAUAGUUUAGCUAAACUCAAUUAGAUCUAAGAUGGACUCAACAUCCUUUGCUUUUAAACAGUAUAUUUUAGUUUCUAUAAUGACAAAUGGAUUACAACUAUAUGAUAAAUAGAAUUAUAUGAUCAAGGUAGAUAAAGUCUUUCGAAGUGUUUUCAGGAAUUUAACAGAUACGAUGCUUCAUAUAAUAAUCAUAUGGUUUUCGGAUAGUUAACAGAACACAAUCUAUUAACAAGUUUUUACCAAAUUUAUUAGCAUAUUUUUUGCAGGAGCUCCUAUGCCAUACCUUUCAAAUAUUAUCUUUAAAUUAGGGCUAGUGAGUUCCUUGUAUAAUGCCUAUACAAAAUUUUAUUAGAAUGAAAUAAAGGAUACUUCUUAUGUUGAGGGUAUUUUUUUUUAUAUUCUAUUGAUAAACUACAUUAUACGAAAUGCAAUAAGAGUGAGAAAUUUAAGUGAUUUACAAAGCGCUCUAAGUAUUCUAGAUUCGUGGUAAUAACUUGAAUCAGCUCAACCAUUUGAAAACAAGAUGGCUUUGAGAAAUGCAGAUUAAGUGAUCAAUUUAGAAUAACCAAAACAAGUGGAAAAAGUAGUAGUUAAGAAAAGUGAAGAAAAGAACAACAAAUUGAUCAAAAUAAAAAGUUAAAUAAAUCAUAAAGUUAAUUCGCUGGUAUCCUUAAAAAAGUAUGCUUGCAUCAUGUAAUUUUAGGAAAACAAGUGAACCUAAUACUAACCCAGGGGUUCAAACAUCUAGGGCAGAAUUAACUUAAAGGAAACUAAUUUGA